AUUUUUGGCAGUUGAAUUUUUGCAGCGGUAACGAAACGAGCCAACAAGAACGGGCAAAAAGGCAGCCAAGUACGCGAGCGACCGAGUGAGGAAAAACCAAGUGAAAUUAGUAUAAAUGUGAUUUAAUAAAUUUAAAUAAAAUACAUCAGACCAAGAAAAUAGCAUAGGCCAAUGAUAAUAAUCUCAAAAUAUUAGAAAAAAAGUAAGAAAAAAAAAAUAAACUUAGUGUGUGGGGUGAUAUUUCCCUUUAACAUCUGUUGGCUGUGGUUCAAGAUUUGCAAAACGACUCAAACAGCCUCCGAGACACCAUGGCGACUUUGGCUCUACGCACUGGCAAGGAAAUUAUGCACAAUGCCGGCUGGGUAUUGGAUGAAAACGAAGAAGCCUGCUAUAUUGACAUUGUGGAUGACAACAAUGAUGAGGGAGCAACCAGCGAUGAUGAAAAUCGAGUUUACUCAGAAUGGAAUAAUUUGCCAGAUUUAGUUUUAGAAGAAAUUUUCACCUAUCUCAAGCCCCGUGAACGUUACUAUGCUAGUUUGGUCUGCAAACAAUGGCGCUAUGCCUUCUAUCUACCCACCGUAUGGAAUAAUUUCCUAGUAGACGAUUGCACCCUGACCCGUCAAAAAUACAAUUAUUAUUCAGGUUGGCAAUACUGUCUCGAUCAUAUGCGUACACAAAAUUGCCUAGCACGCAUUGGAAGGCAUCUAAGAGGUGUGGAAUUUCGUCCGGAAAUUUCCUUCAACAACAUUUUUCAAUUUAUGACCCUGCUGACAUGGAGCAUCAAAAUGGGAAAACAAGUGGAUGGCCCGCCCGAUAUGAAGGGCAUGGGGGCGCGUAUAAGAUCUUUGGUUUAUUUGUUUCCCUGCAAUAUGGCCCAUGCCAAUGACCCGGAGGGUAUAAAACUCUUUGGCACCGGAGGCCAGUUAUUGAAGGGCCUCAAGGAUCUGCUAUCGCAAUUGACCGAUUUGCGUACUCUGAAAUUAAUCGAUUUCGUAUUGGAACGUUAUGAGGCCAAACAUUUGUUGGAUGAGGUCUUGGAUGCCUGUUGCACAAAAAUGAGAGUACUGAAUAUAGUCAAUGUGACUUCGUUGCAUUGUCCCAUUAUGCAUGUGGGUUUGUUCCUAAAUUUACAGGAUUUAACCAUCUCUCCCCAGAACAUAGAUGAUGAUGUUCUUAUGCUAUUGGCCGAUAGCAAACUGAAACAUUUACAUCUCCUUCAGAAUUGCUAUACUACCUCCUAUUUGGCCAUUGGCUCUUGCAGUGUCAAGGCUUGGCGUGUCCUGAAACGUGAUAAUCCUCAAUUGAAAGUUCAUUUACGCUUAGAAUCUUUGAAUGAUGGCGAAGUUGUCUUCCAGCCUGAGGCUCCGGUGUACAGUGUGACUUAUAGAGCGCCCAAGACACAGAUUCAUCCCGAUACUGUCAUCAAAAUGGUUGAUCACUAUAAGAACACCUUAGCCAUUUACAGCUAUGAAUUGUUGCCAAAAUUCUCUAGUCCCAAAUCUUUUCACAAUCGUAUCGAUUCUCUGAUGCUGCUUAUCUGCCGACAAUGCUUUAAUUUACACACUUUGGUUAUUCGUGAAAAGGUCUCCACUUCCACCGUGCUGCUCAUUGCCAAGACGGCAAAGAAUCUCCGUCGUUUAUAUGUCCGCCGUUUUGCCACUAUUUUACGUUGUGAUUGGCCCCGUCACCCUGAGUGGUCGGAUGAGUUUCACAUAUGGCUGAAACGCUCAUGCCGUUCCUAUGACUCCGUGGAACGUGAGGUCUCACAAAUUUUAGGCUACAAUUGGCACUUUUUAAGUGAUCAAGAAUUUAAGACCGUAACGGUGGAUGUAAAGAGUGAAUGGUGAAAUAAAAUAAAAUGUGAUAUACUUAUAAUUUUGGAAAUUA